AUACUUCGUACCACGUGUCUUUCGUUCUCUUUCGCCGGCCAUCUUGAACGAACCAUAAAAUGGCAGCACGCCCUGUCGUGUCGAUCUUUAAUGAAAAUGGCGAGUGUUGUGGCCAGACCACCCUCCCAGCCGUACUCAAGGCGCCAAUCAGGCCAGAUGUUGUGACAUUYGUCCACUCUGACAUGUCCAAGAACAAGCGYCAGCCUUAUUCYGUUAACAAAUURGCAGGCCAUCAAACUUCUGCCGAGUCUUGGGGUACUGGUCGUGCUGUUGCUAGGAUACCCCGUGUUAGGGGAGGUGGUACCCAUCGCUCUGGUCAGGGUGCCUUUGGAAAUAUGUGCCGUGGAGGACGCAUGUUUGCACCAACUAAAACCUGGCGUAGGUGGCAUCGCAAGAUCAAUGUCAACCAGCGUCGCUUUGCAACCUGCUCUGCCUUGGCUGCCUCUGCUAUUCCAGCGCUUGUCAUGUCUCGUGGUCACCGUAUUGAGAACAUUGAUGAAGUUCCAUUGGUUGUGUCAGAUUCCAUGGAAUCUUGUACCAAGACUAGCGGAGCAGUGAAGCUGUUGAAGGCCAUCCAUGCCUAUGAAGAUGUAGAGAAAUGUAAAGAUUCCAAAAAAAUCCGUGCUGGCAAGGGCAAACUGAGAAAUCGCCGUACCACAAUGCGCAAAGGACCCCUYGUUAUCUACAAYCAAGAUCAGGGUAUUCGUCAGGCAUUCAGAAACCUUCCAGGUGUCGACCUUCUUCAAGUGGACCGACUGAAUCUCCUCAAGUUGUGCCCUGGUGGUCACGUUGGAAGGUUUAUUGUGUGGUCUCAAGGAGCCUUCGAGAAACUCGACAGUCUUUAUGGAACAUGGAAGAAAGCAUCAACAGAAAAAAGCAAUUACAACCUUCCACGUCCUAUGAUGGCCAACUCUGAUCUCAACAGGCUCAUCAACAGCGAUGAAAUUCAAUCAGUUGUCAGACCAGCCAAGCUUAAAACAAAGCGUACUGGACUGAAAAAGAAUCCUCUAAAGAACCUUGGAGUGAUGCUCAGGCUCAAUCCUCAUGCAAAGAGUACCAAACGAGCAGAAAUGCUUACAGUGGAGCGUAGGAAGGCCGCUAAAGCAGACUUGCUUGCAAAGAAGAGAGGCACCAAGUAAAUUAGGGCUUCCAAUGCAUUGAAAUUAAAGAUGUAUGCAAAGUGA